UUGGACCAAAACCAAUGCUUCUCUAAAUCAACCGUUUGUUUCAUCUACAAUCCAUCUUCCUCUUCUCUUUUAUUAAAAUGGCAGCACCCCUGUUCUCAUUUAUCCUAAAGCCCCACCUCAAAAUCACAAUUAUCUUGAUAUGUAUAUGUAUCUAUAGUCCAAAGAUACAAGCUUUUAAAGCACCUAUGUAUCCACAAGACAUACUCCCACUUUUGCCCAGACAAAUUUCUUGGCCUAUUCUUAAUUCACUUAGAGGUGCUGCUGAUCUCCUUCCUAGUUUUGUGGGUGCCGCUUCGAUAGCGAAUAAUUCGGGUUUGAGUUGGAAAGGUUCUUGCUUUUAUGAGAAUACUGCUUGGUUAGAACUUCAUAAUAAAAGUGGUAGUCAAUUUGGUGGUGGUACUCUUCAUAUUCAGGUAAGCAAGGCACAUAGCUAUACAUGUAUGGAUAUUUAUGUAUUUGCUACUCCAUAUCGUGUAACAUGGGACUAUUAUUUUCUAUCGCGUUCACAUACUCUCGAGUUUGAUGAGUGGGAAUCGAAAGCCGAGUAUGAAUAUGUAAAACGUAAGGGCAUCGCUAUUUUCCUUAUGGAAGCAGGGAUGAUAGGGACCCUACAAGCAUUAUGGGAGGUCUUCCCCCUGUUCACAAAUACUGGAUGGGGUGAGAGUUCUAAUAUUGCUUUUCUCAAGAAACAUAUGGGAGCUAACUUUGAAGCACGUAGCGGACCACUGGUUACAAACAUUACUGAAGAGGAUAUACACUCGGGAGACUUUCUUGCAAUAUCAAAAAUUCGUGGUCGAUGGGGCGGGUUCGAGAGCCUUGAGAAAUGGGUAUCCGGGGCAUAUGCAGGUCAUUCGGCUGUUUGCUUGAGGGAUCCAGAAGGGAAAUUGUGGGUUGGGGAAUCUGGACAUGAAGAUGAAGAGGGUCAAGAUAUUAUCGUUUUGAUGCCAUGGGAUGAAUGGUGGAACUUUGAGCUGACUGAAGAUGAUGCUGAUCCGCAUAUUGCGUUACUUCCUUUGCAUCAUGAACUUCGGUCUAAAUUCAAUGAAACUGCUGCGUGGGAGUAUGCACAAAGCAUGAUAGGGUUGCCAUAUGGUUAUCAUAAUUUGAUAUUUAGCUGGAUAGACACUGUCAGUGAUAAUUAUCCACCACCUUUGGAUGCUAAUCUGGUUGCUUCUGUUAUGACUGUGUGGAACCAACUGCAGCCUGCAUAUGCAAGUAACAUGUGGAAUGAGGCGUUGAAUAAGCGGCUUGGUACCAAGGGGCUUGAACUUCCUGAUAUUUUAGUUGAAGCAGAGAAACGUGGUUCAUCUUUCGCUGAAUUGCUGACUAUACCCGAACAGGAUGACUGGGUAUAUGCUGAUGGAAAAUCAACUUCUUGUGUGGCUUUCGUCCUUGAAAUGUACAAGGAGGCAGGACUCUUUGGAGAUCUUGCAAAUAAAAUUCAAGUAACUGAGUUCACGAUAAAGGAUGCUUACUCUCUGAACUUCUAUGAAGAUGAUUUGAGUCGCCUGCCAAAAUGGUGUAAUGGAGACACAGUUGAACUUCCAUUCUGUCAAAUCAAAGGGAAGUAUCGAAUGGAACUACCUGGAUAUAACACUAUUGAACCAUAUGCUCAUAUGACUGAAAGAUGCCCGUCACUGCCACCGGAUUAUUUAAGGCCAGAGUACUGCUGAAACUACAGAUGUGUUCUCCAGUGGUAGAAAUUGUAGGAUUGUAAUUUACUUGUCCUUUAUCUUAUUAAUUAGUAGUGAAGGAUGAAUUCUACUUGCAUUCAUGAGACAUUAUCAUCAUGUUGCUUGUAAGGUGGAGUACAAUAGACCUAAGUAACUACACGGAUGGUUGUAUGUAUAUAAUUACGUCAAAACAGGUAGUAGGUUGUUCAUUGUAAAUUUGUUAUUACACCGCCCAAGAGAUGUGUACGCUUAUAAUGAAUUCUAUGUCUCGUGGUCAA